UUGCGUAGCUUGAGCAUGGACGUCGACAACAACACUAGAGGCUUUGCAGAACUGCGAGCGGUGUAUGCAGUAUGGGACAAGUACCCGGAGGUGAUGGUAAACGCGUGCGUCAACUACCAUAGCCGGAAGAAUUUCUCCCUCUUCAGUGACGAAGAACGAGACCUCUGCAGACCUUACGUGGUCCUGUACAUGUCAUAUGCCGGUCGCCCACUCAACAAAGUAAAGUUCCAAAGUGCCCUCCAGAUCCGCUCAGUGGUUCAGCAGGUGGCCCUCGCUCUUGCUGUGGGCGAGGGGGCCCUCGAGUUCGAGCACCGCGCCCUAACACCUGCUCAUGUUCUUGUCAACGAAGUGCAAGACCAGGUGGUUCCUUUCGUGCUGAACGGCCGCGCGCUUCUGCUCAAUGUGUUUGGCGUCCAGGUCUCGAUCGUCGACUUUUCUGCGGCGCGGAUGACUCUUGCCGGCAAAGCAACAGAUUCCCAGCCGGUGUACGCGGAUCUGACGAAACUGCCUGCAAGGAAGAGAGCGGCACUAGGGGACACGUUCGCCAUGGUUUACCAUUUCAUCAGCGAGGACCUCUCGCGAUUCCACGCGUGGACCAACAUGGAGUACCUGGAGGCGCUGACCAGGACGCUGGUCAACGCGCACGACAGGCAUUUCGCCAGCGCUGCCGACGAGGAGGAGCGGCGUGCUUGGCGCGACGUGUGUUUCUGGCUGGCCGAGAUGCCGCACUGGGGGGGCGCCAGGCCGUUCGCGCUGGAACUGGUGGCGCCCAGCAUUCCGUUCACUAAGGCGUCGACGUCCACCUCACGUCAUCGUUAAUUCCAUCCCAAAGCGACGUUGCUGGGAUCGCUACAGCAGCUUACGACGUGCUCGGCACUGAUUGCCAAAUUAAAAAAAUAAAAAAAAACUUAUAUGUUCAAUAUGGCAUCUGAGCAUUUUGACAAUGUUUUGAUGAGGAUGGUCAGGAAUGAUGCAGAACGUAAUCGUUUAGUAGUUCGCAAAAUCCCGCGCAGUGAAGCCCAAUAAUAAAGGCCUGCAGAUUUCUGGCGACUCACGAAUCAUGCGUAUUCUUCACAAUUUCAAAUAAUUACAGAAAUAUUCGUAUGUAACGCUCGCGUGUUUCAGGCGUUUCAUUUUUGUUGUCAGUAAAAUUGUUUUGAUACCUGUAGUAAGGGUUUGGAUAAACGCAAACUGAUGAACUUCUAUCUGGUAACACACUUUUCCGAGGCAGGAACACGCACUCAUGAU